UCGGAAAGCGUAGCUUGCUGAAGUAUUGCUAAUUUGUAUACGAAAUGCGAUCUUGAGCCGCGUGGGCGGGAAGAGUAAAGAAGGGGGCGGCGAAAUUUAUUUUCGCGGGAAGGCGAAGCGGCUUUUUCUGGCCUUUUCUUAGUUUGGGGCCUGGACUUUCAGGAGGGAGAGCUAUGAAGCCACCAUCAAGGCUGCGUUCGGCGCCCGCUCGCUACCGUCUGGACCCCGCAAGCCGGGUUUGGACGGAUCGAGAAAAGCGACGUCUUCUCCAGGCUUUGAGAGCUCAAGCUCAGACUCCGGGCCCGCUGCGACCGGAACAGCUGAAGAAAUACUUGCCCUCCAGAAACGAAGACGAGAUCUUAGUAUUUGUAGACCAGCUGAAAGAACGUGUGGCAAGGGAAGCAGUCAAGGCACGGUAUCGAUAUCGCCAAUGCGAACAGAAGGAUGCCCCAGUUCCAGCACCUAUAGAGAUAUGGAUUCGUUUAGCUAAGAAGUUAACAGGUUGCCUUGAGGAUGCAGUAACAGCUGCUUUUUCCCAGGUUUUAACAAUUGCAUCUGCGGAGCCACUCUCUUUGCUUCACUCUGUGCCACCAAAGCCUGUAGAAGGAAAUGCUGUUCAAUGCACGAUCCCAAUUGUUCCUAGCAAGAAUAUGAAAUCCAAUACAGAAUCUGAGGAAGCAACUGUAUCAUCAGAUGUAGAGCAAUUGACCCCUGCAGAAAAUGGUGAAAUACAUGUGGACUUUGAAAAGAUAUACAAGUAUCUUUCAGUGAUUUCACGGGGAUCUAAAGCACCAGAGCUACCACCUGGUGAGUCGGCUGUUCUACUAGACUUGCUUUUGUCAUUACCAGAAGAACUGAGUCAUCUGGAUUAUAAGAAACUUAAGGGGCAUAUGUACAAAUGCUAUAUUGAUUUAAGUGCACACUAUAAGAAUGAAAAAAGUAGAAUGAAAGCAAAGUUCAGCCCACUUGUAAACAAUAAUGAAGAUCUUCCUGAAACAUUUUAUAAUGUGCCAUCAGCCGGAAAUAGCUUUUCAAAAAAGCAAGAGGAUACUAGUCCUAGUACUUGUUCUACAAGUGGCACAACAUCAACACCUUCCACAGAUUGGAAGACGCUGGGUAUUUGCCCAUUGAAUUCAUUUUGGUUUCCUUUGGAUAUUCUAGCACAAAAAAAAGAGAUUUUGGAUUGAAGACUCUUAUUUUAUUACAUGUCAUGAAUGUUGUGUAUUGGUAUCUGUAAGAGUGGAAAAACAACUGUCAUAUUUUGGCCAAGCAUGUCCCUUAAUUUUGUUCAGAAUUUAACACUUGACUUACGAGUAUGUCUACUUUGUAUUUUUAAAUGGAUAUAUGUGAAUGUUCAGAAUUUUUCCUCCCAAAAUCCUGAAGUUUACUCUUUUAUUACUGGGAAAUCAUUCUCAUCUUAGAAAGUUUGUGCUUACAUAAUGCUCUGAGUGUCAAUCUUUGUUCUAAGGAUAUGGAUUAUUCCAGAUGUAUCAAAUGCAAUCAGUGUUAUUAACGUGUUUCUGCAGUAUAAUACAGCUGAAAUGUUGUUUCAGUGCUAUGAAAAAGAUUGCAUGCUCCUUUAUGUAUAAUUGGCAAAGUUCCUUUAAUUCAAGAUCACUUUGACUAAUCAAUUUCUAUGAGUUGGUGGUGAGGCAAAACUCCUUGUUAAAUUUCUUAUUCUUAUUUCAUAAGAAUGAGAUAAUUCCAAAUUGAGUGAGAAUUUCAGAAUCUCAUUUAAUCUGAUGUUUGCAGUUUGGUAGAUGGAUUGUUCUGCAGAUCAUAGAUAGGGAACAAUUAAUGUAAUGUAGCUUUGUAAUAUUUUCAU